CGGCCACAGAUAUGUCAGCAUAACGAUUUUAUCGGCUUUAAGCUUCCCAUUUUUAUCUGCGUAGGUAUACAAAAAUAAUUGAUAAGAUAAAUUUUGCUGUCAAACGUUAAAAUAUUAAGGUAAUCGAAUUAUGUGAAUACAAGUAUUCAUGCCGAGUGGUAGCAAUUAAUUAAAUAACUUACCGAUUUGUUUUUAAAUUGAUUGCACUAAAAAGGUGGAAAACAACAAUUUUCUCGUUGCUGCUCUUCACUAAAACUACAUGUCUUGGAUAAAGUGAGCUAUGGCCGGCCCGGAUGUUCCGGUUUCUAUUGGUUAACAACAAAAAUGGCGGCCGAGGCCCACUAAAAAUCAUGAAAGAGAUUUUUAGAAAAACAACCAUCAAUAUUUUAAAUUAUAAUUAUAUCGUGCAACAAUUACGUAAUUGGAUUCGUAGGUGAAUGGUUUGUUUAUAAUUUCAGUGAUUUUAACCUCGAAAAAAUGCAAGUGUUAUCAGAAUUAGUUUGUUCUGAGUGCAAACAGGAAUUUAAGUCUGCAUCUGCAUUGCUGCAGCAUUUUUCUUCACAUGUAAUCGAUGAGUUACUCAUCGAUCAUAAAAGUGUUAAGAACAAGAAAAUUCCCAAUUUAAAUCCACUAAAUGUUAGGAAAGAUGUUACUAGAGUGGAUAAUGGUAAUGAUUCUGGCGUGGAGGAUGUGAAUCCCUUAAAAUUCUGCAUGGUUACAAUGGAGGAAAAAAGUGUCGACAAACAGAAGGAAGUCUUGAAAAAAUAUGAAUGUAACUUUUGUCCUAAGAAGUUUGGAUGGCCUACAGACCUAAAAAGGCAUAUUUUAAUUCACACAGGAGAGAAGCCAUUUACAUGCAAUUUAUGUGAUGCCUCGUUUACAAGAAAUUUUUUGCUACAAAAUCAUCAGAAAAAAGUCCACAGUAUUGGAAAAAGGAGUUUAUUGCCCAAAUUGAAGCCUUUAUCUUGCAAAAAGUUAUUAUUAGACAAUAGCCCUAACUAAUAAAUUUAUAUUUUAUAUUGUAAACUAGUCAAAUUAAAAGUUACUUAAUAUUGAUAGAAUUGUGCCAAAUAUUUUCUAUAGUGUACUUAUACAAUUCAUUCAUUAAGAAAGUUUAAGAAUUAUUAUUAUAUUUACUUUAGGGAGUAAUCUGGUUUAAAACCAAGUUUUUGUGUGAUUUUUAUAGUGUAAUAAUUGUGCCUAAUGCUAGUCAAUGGCCAAAACUUAAAUAUUUUAUAUUAUAUCAUAGUACUUUAUUUACCUUUAAAGAUGAAUUUUUAACUUUGUACUUAAUUUUUCAAGUGCCUAAUAAAAUUUGUAACCAAGUCUUUUUUGUUUGAUUUUGAAAUAUUUUAGUUUUAAAGCAAUUUAACAAUAAAAAAGUUUACUUUUCAAGGGUUUUGAAAUAAACUGUCAAAAUCCAUCCGACAACUGUUUGACAAAUA